AUGUGUAGAAAAGAAGAAGACAGAGAGGCCAACACAGACUCGAGACAGCAGCAUGUAUUUGUACGUGGUAGCAGCAUCUGUUUGGGUCUAUGUUCUGGUUUUCUACGGUCUGUUCAAAGGAACCAGAUUCUUGAGUCCCGCUAGGCUGCAGGGGAAGACUGUUGUGGUAACAGGAAGCAACACUGGCAUUGGGAAAAGUACCGCCCUGGAACUGGCAAAGAGAGGAGCUCGAGUGAUCCUGGCCUGUCGCAACAAGGAGAAGGCUGAGGCUGCAGCGUUUGAUAUCCGCUCAGAGAGCGGCAACCCCCAGGUGGUGUUCAUGCAGCUUGAUCUGGCAAGCUUAAAGUCAGUUCGCAGUUUUGCUGAAACCUUUCUUAAGACUGAACCUAGACUGGACAUCCUCAUCAACAAUGCAGGUGUUAUAAGUCCUGGCUGCACUGAGGAGGGCUUCGACCUGGCCUUUGGGGUCAACCACCUGGGUCACUUCCUGCUGACCAACCUCCUGCUGGAGCGGCUCUGGCGCUGCGGCCCCAGCCGAGUCAUCACCGUGUCUGCUCUCCUCCACCGCUUCGGGAGCAUCGACUUCCAGCUGCUGGCUCCACAGACAGACGCGGUGCCCCCCCAGUCUGCCUGGUCCAGCCUUCAGGCCUACUGUAACAGCAAACUCUGUAAUGUGCUCUUCACCAGGGAGUUGGCCAACCGGCUGGAAGGCACUGAUGUUACCUGUUACACCCUGCACCCAGGAGUAAUCUACACAGAACUGUGCUGUAAUCUGAGCCAGUGGCUGCAGCUCCUCAUGAUGCCCUUAGCCAAGCUGUUCCUCCUGGACCCCAGCGGAGGAUGUCAGACCACCCUGUACUGCGCCCUCCAGGAGGGCAUCGAGCCGCUCAGUGGCAGAUACUUCUCCAACUGUGCGCUGCAACAAGUUGGAGCUAACGGGCGAGAUGAUGGCCUGGCAAAGAAGCUUUGGGAAGUAAGUGAGAGGUUAACAGGCAUGGCCUGAAGCAUCAGAGCCUGCCCUACAGCCGUUCACAACUCUUCUUAUAAAGUCCAACCUGUGUCUAAAUUUUCAUGCACUUCUUUCGCUUGCUUUAAUAAAGCCGAGGAUCCCUUGAACGUUGUCGCCUGAUGUCAUGUAUGAAGUCUGCAGAGUUUAUCAGUGAGCAACUAAGAGAUCCUAUGAUGACUGCUGUGGAUAAACAGCAUUUUUUGAAUGCAUUGUGGGAGAUGUGGUUCUUCAGCCUCAUCUUCUUACCAUUUCUGGAUGUGAUGAUAGGAAUCCCCCUGACAGCAUCAGGGCCCUUCUGUAGAAAAAGAAUGCACAGCUCUCCUGCUAAAAGUUGGUGUAGGAACACAUUUUUAAAAAGUGUGGUUCUUAAUCAUGCAGCUGCGCACAAAUCCCAAUUUGUGUGAAAUAAAGCGCAGCUGCUGAUCCUGAUUGGACCGCCUGU